CAAUGUCAAGUGUCAAGCCAUGACGUUUGUUUGGCGUGCAUUUUUUUAUCAUGUUUGGGCGAUAUUUUAGUCAUAAAAUUAUUCCACAAAGAUUUUAACAGUCGUAUUUUGUUUUUACACUGUGAAUUUUGCUAGAAAUAUGUCGGUACACUGGAGUUCAGAGAUAAUGAAGUGGGAGUACCGGGAGUUGCAAGCCACGGCGAUGUCUGUAGAUUACUCGGGGAACAACGUGCUGUUGGCAGGCAGAAGGUCGCUAGCUAUCAAGCAGAUAAACCUGGAGGAGGAUGCCGGGGACAUAGUGAAGAAAUAUCCUCGCCACAGCAAGUACGACGCAGCGGGUGCCGAGUGGUGCCAAUCGUAUCACGGACAGAAGCUGUGUGCUAUUGCGAGCAACCAAAGAGUGGAUGUAUAUGAAUGGCGAGGGAGUAAUGAACUAACUUGUAUUACAUCACUCCGUGGGCACACAAGAGUUGUAAGCGACACUCAUUUCCACAGACAAGAUCACAACCUGAUUGCAACAUGUUCUAUAGACACAUUUACCCAUCUUUGGGAUUUGAGAGAUGCAAGAAAACCAGUUCUUUCAUUAUGUGCUGUUGCUGGAGCUUCUCAAGUACAAUGGAAUAAAGUAGCUGCACACAUAGUUGCCACAGCCCAUGAUGGUGACAUAAAGAUCUGGGACUACAGAAAACAUACUGCUCCUAUACAAUACAUUUCUGCACAUUUGUGCAAAAUCCAUGGAGUUGACUGGAGUCCUCAUCAUGAAUACCAAUUGGUCACCUCCAGUCAUGACGGCAGUAUAAAGUUCUUUGACAUCAACAAUGCCAGGAGACCAGAAAAUGUUAUAAUGACCAACUUUCCUGUUUGGCGCGCGAUUUAUACGCCAUUUGGAAGUGGUCUGUUGACUAUAGGAGUUGGCUGGGGAGGUUUGCCAAGAGUGGAACAAGCAGGAGUUAUUGGCAUAUGGGUUAAUGGAGCUCUAUCUCAUAGACUAGUAGGACACACUGACACAGUGCAAACAAUGGUUUGGAGACCAAACACUUCACCAUCCAACUAUCAGCUGGUCACAUGGGGCCGAGAUCAAACACUUAGGGUGUGGUCUAUGCACCCAUCUCUCUUGAAAAUGUGCAACCACUAUUUACCUGAUGAUACUGAGUAUGAUGAUGAUAAUAACAGUGACACUGUAAGUUAUGCAUCUACUGCUGGUUCCACGAAUGACCUCUCUGUAACUGAUAAUAAGGAAACAAAUAAAGAGUCACACAAAAGUACUACUUCUAUUGAUGAAGAAUUCGAAUCUAUCCGUGAGAUGGCUAACAUUGAAGUUACUGAUAUAAACAUUGAUACCAGAACAUGUCAAAUCCAUUCAGAGAAAAAUGGAUACACUGCCAACUUACAAGUCAUGUUCCCUAGAAAUGUAACUGAAAAAACCAUACCAAAGUUUUCCUGGUUAUCUGGAACCAAUGUCGAUAGCACAACAACUAUCAAAAUACUUCAGGCUAUCAACAGGACUGCUUUCCGUAAGAAAAAAGAGGGCCACAGAUGUCUAUUGCACUGUUUGAAGACAUUAGCAACAUCUGUGGAUGAGAUCCCAGUAAAAACAAGUGACGAUUCAGACUCCAUGAAGUCCAGUCAAAGGAGUCAGUCGGAAAGCGAAAACGCAGGCGACUCGUGCAUACCGUUUCCCCGAACGUGUGGUGCUAAGUGGUGUGGCGUUGAUACUCUUGUCGUGUUUAACCGUCCGACAAACGCUCGUCGGCUGUCGCUGAAACAUGAAGCGGGAACUCCUAGAUCGAUGUCGUCUCUUUCGCUCACGCCAGCUCUGUUCGGGACGGGGUAUAGUUCCGUGUCCCCUCACGCGACAACUACGCCCUCCCCCACCAACGCUCCCGGCUUUCCGCAGUUGCAUCACAGACAUCCGUCCAACUCUAUUACGACAUUCUAUUUUCAAGACAGAUGGAAGGCCCAAGGCCGCCGCGCAGGCAGUAUGCGCAGCCGCGGCAGUAUAUCGGGCAUCGGAUCACCUCGCGUCGUCCUCUACUCUGCCACUAGUCUGUUCCUCCUCAAUAAAAGCCUCGCUGAAAAAUACGUCAUCAAUGCUGAAAAUCCUGUUGACAUGUGCGAGAAGAACGCGAAAGUAUGUUCGGAAGAAGGCGAAUCAGAACUGGCGCACGCGUGGGGACUGGCGGCGCUGACGGCGCGAUCGCUGCGUGCGCGCAUCGUGGAUCACUUGGCCUCUAGCGAGGAGAGCAUGGGCUGGGUCGGCCACCCGCUGUGCUGCAGCCUGCUGCAGUCCUUAAUCUCUCACUACGCCAAGUCAUCUGAUCUCCAAAUGGCAGCCAUGCUAGCUUGCGCCUUUUCCGUGUUUAACGACACAGGAAAUUCUAGCUCACAAUCUACCAUCAGUACCUCAAGUUGUGGAAACAACAACACAUCACCGUAUAGUACAGUAAAUCAAUAUAGUGAAAUCAGUGCAGAUGGUUGGACGCUACCUAUUGUACUUAGAAGUAAUUCGUGUUCAGAAGCUGAGAAUUUCUACACAGAUUCAACAGUUUCAAAGUCGGAGAAAACUUCGUCUUGCGUAUUGGACGAAGUCACAGUACAUCUUUAUCACUGUUUCAAGCGCGCAUAUGCCGAUAUUCUACAUCGUUGGCAGUUGUUGUACAGAAAAACAGAGGUGAUGAAACUAGUCAGAUGCAAGCACGAGUCGGCCUCCGCGCGGCCGCCUGGCCCGUCCCUAGCGGCGGAAUGUGGCUGGUGCGGCCGCCUGGCCAAGGGCGCAGCUUGCACUAGUUGCGGCCGAGUGGCGCUGAGAUGUGCUGUGUGUACACUUGGAGUACGAGGAUUAGCCUGCGCUUGCGCUUAUUGUGGACACGCGGGCCAUGCUGCUCAUAUGAUGAAGUGGUUCUCGGAGCGCGACACGUGUCCCACCGGCUGCGGUUGCAAGUGCCUCAUAGAAGGGAAUAAUAUGUGGAAAGGUGUCAAGUACGUGUGACCAAGGUAAAGCCUCAUCCUUGUUGUAGAUAGUGUUCUUGUAUAAUUCGAUAAAUAAAUAAAUAAAAUAAAUAAUAAAUAUCUUUGGACAAUCUCACACAGCGCCAUCUAGCCCCAAAGUAAGCAAUUAAUAUGCUUGUGUUAUGGGUGCUAGCUUAACGGAUAUACUACUUAUAUACUUUUUUUUUAAAUACAUACAAAUUAUACAUAGCAACACCCAGACCCGUCACAGAAAUUAAAAUUCAUCAUUUCAAUUUCUGCCCGCCAAAUAUGACUAUAGUGUGUAUGUCACUGUAUGUGCCCUUUUUGUAGAUAGUGUUGUUGUAAAUUCGAUAAAAUGACACUGUAAGUGCCUCUUAGAAGGGAAAAACAUGUGGAAAGGCGUCAAGUACCUAUAUGUGGCCAAGGUAAAGGUCAAAUGUAUGUGCCUUUGUUGUAGAUAGUUUUGUUGUUAUAUUCGAUAAAUAGGUAUCACUAUAGUCACGGGUAAUUUACGGGCAAAUUAACAUUCCCCCAAUCGAUUGCGGUGACAUUCGCAAAAAAAUGCAUUUAACGGAUUUUUAUCUACAAAACAAAAACAAAACAUAAUUUAAAUGUUGUCUGUUAAAUAAUCCCAAUGACAAUUAAUCAGUACUUUGAUUUUGACAAGCAUUUAUGUUGUAUAGAAUGUUAAUAAUAUUAACAGUGUGCCUACCAUGAGUUUACAUUAGGUGAGCUCGCUAGCGAAUACGUCAAAAAAUUCUAUGAAGAUUUUAUUUCUUGAAAGUAGCCGCUAGGGGCGCUGCACAAUAUGUCAUACAUUUAAAUGUCAUUUUUUUACGCAGUCGCUAGCGAGCACACCUAACGUAAACUCAUGGUAGGCACACAGAUUACCUCGAUAUCGACACCAACUCUUGUUUAUCUUUAUAUUUAUGUGUAUGUAUUACUGUAUUAUUAGUAUAACAUUUUAUUGUCUUUUAAUGCUGCUACGGAUUUUAGAAGCUAUAUUGUUAUUAGGAUAAGUUAUUCUUCGAUUUUGUACAUUUAAUUAUUUGAAGACUGCGAAUUUGUAAACAUUUUAAAUAAAUAGGUAAAGUCGUUUUA